GGGGACGCGCGCCGAGGAGGCCUGGACCGCAGAGUGGGGGGCCUUCCUCUCCCUCCCACCACCACCACCGCUCCCCCCCCCCGCCCCGCCAGCGGGGGCCUCGGAUCUACGGCGGCUGCACUCGGCCGGGAAAGGGGGCCGCGCCUAGCGUGGUGAACCCCGACCCUUCACCGUAAGCGACUGGGAGCCGGCGGCCCGGAGGAAGGCGUCGCGGGCGCUCUUGCGAGCCGAGUUCGAGGCGGGGGAGGCCACCUCGGGCGCGCCCCGGCUUCUCCGGGAGGGGGGGGCGGGAGCGGGCGCGCAGAUGGCCACUCAGGUGGAGCCGCUGCUGCCGGGGGGCGCCCCGCUCUUGCAGGCCGAAGAGCACGGGGGCCUGGUGAGGAAGAAGCAGCCGCUGGCUCCCGAAGGCAAGGGCGAGCCCGGGGCGAACGACGUCGGAGGGGGGGAGCCUGACGGCGGCGGCGGCGCCCGGAGACCUCGGCCGCCCUGCGCCAAGCCGCCCAAGGAAGGCGCCGGGCCUCCGGAGCGCGAGAGCCCGCGGCCGCCGCAGCCGCCGGGUGCCGAAGGCCUGGCGAUCAGCGACGGAGAAGAGGGCGGCGGCGGCGAGCCGGGCGCGGGCGGAGGAGCUACGGGCGCCCGCCGAGACUUCGUGGAAGCACCCCCGCCCAAGGUGAACCCGUGGACUAAGAACGCGCUGCCGCCGGUCCUGGCCACCGUGAACGGACAGUCCCCCCCAGAGCAUUCUGCUCCAGCCAAGGUGGUAAGGGCUGCGGCUCCCAAGCAACGCAAAGGCAGCAAGGUUGGUGACUUUGGAGAUGCAAUCAACUGGCCCACACCUGGAGAGAUAGCCCACAAAAGUGUGCAGCCACAGACCCACAAACCUCAGCCGACUCGUAAGCUGCCUCCAAAGAAGGACAUGAAAGAACAGGAGAAAGGAGAGGGGAGCGAUAGUAAGGAGAGCCCCAAAACCAAGUCAGACGAAUCAGGAGAGGAAAAGAAUGGGGAUGAAGACUGCCAGCGAGGUGGACAGAAAAAGAAAGGGAACAAACACAAGUGGGUUCCAUUGCAAAUAGACAUGAAGCCUGAAGUACCCAGAGAGAAAUUGGCCUCGCGCCCCACUCGCCCACAGGAGCCGAGACACACAUCUGCUAAUCGUGGGGAGAUGAAAGGGUCUGAGCCUGCCACCUACAUGCCUGUGUCUGUGGCCCCCCCCACCCCAGCCUGGCAACCAGAGACCAAACCGGAGCCUGCCUGGCACGACCAGGAUGAGACAUCGAGUGUGAAGAGUGAUGGGGCUGGUGGGGCGCGGGCUUCCUUCCGUGGCCGUGGACGGGGGCGUGGUCGUGGACGGGGACGUGGACGGGGUGGCACUCGAACCCAUUUUGACUACCAGUUUGGCUACCGAAAAUUUGAUGGUACUGAGGGGCCUCGUACCCCCAAGUACAUGAACAACAUCACCUACUACUUUGACAAUGUCAGUAGUACUGAGCUUUACAGUGUGGACCAGGAGUUACUCAAAGACUACAUCAAACGCCAGAUUGAAUACUACUUCAGCGUGGACAAUUUAGAGCGAGACUUCUUCCUGAGACGGAAAAUGGAUGCUGAUGGUUUCCUUCCCAUCACUCUUAUUGCUUCCUUCCACCGUGUGCAGGCCCUAACCACUGACAUUUCACUCAUCUUUGCGGCCCUAAAGGACAGCAAGGUGGUGGAGAUUGUUGAUGAGAAAGUCCGUAGGAGGGAAGAGCCUGAGAAGUGGCCUCUGCCUGGUCCUCCAAUCGUAGAUUAUUCACAGACUGAUUUCUCUCAGCUUCUCAACUGCCCUGAGUUUGUUCCCCGCCAGCACUACCAAAAGGAAACAGAGUCAGCUCCUGGCUCUCCCCGUGCUGUCACCCCGGUGCCAACCAAAACAGAGGAGGUCAGCAACCUGAAGACGCUACCCAAGGGCUUGUCUGCUAGCUUGCCUGACCUGGAUUCUGAGAACUGGAUUGAAGUGAAGAAAAGGCCUCGACCUUCUCCAGCACGACCCAGGAAGUCAGAGGAGCCCAGACUCGCCCACCCAACCUCUUUGCCUCAGCAGCUUCUCUCCCAGCAGCUGAUGGCUAAGGACCAGGAUGAGCAAGAAGAACUCGAUUUCCUAUUCGAUGAAGAGAUGGAACAGAUGGAUGGACGAAAGAAUACCUUCACUGCCUGGUCUGAUGAGGACUCUGACUAUGAGAUUGAUGACCGGGAUGUCAACAAGAUCCUCAUUGUUACCCAGACACCACCAUACAUGCGCCGGCACCCUGGUGGGGACCGCACAGGCAACCAUACCUCUCGGGCCAAGAUGAGUGCUGAGCUGGCCAAAGUCAUUAAUGAUGGGCUCUUCUACUAUGAGCAGGACCUGUGGACUGAGAAGUUUGAACCUGAGUAUUCCCAGAUUAAGCAAGAAGUUGAAAACUUUAAGAAAGUCAACAUGAUCAGCCGGGAGCAGUUUGACACCCUGACUCCUGAGCCCCCUGUGGACCCCAACCAGGAGGUUCCUCCUGGUCCGCCCCGGUUCCAGCAAGUUCCCACUGAUGCACUGGCCAACAAACUGUUUGGUGCUCCUGAGCCCUCCACCAUUGCCCGUUCUCUACCAACCACUGUCCCAGAGUCACCAAACUACCGCAAUGCCAGGACUCCCCGCACGCCCCGGACCCCACAGCUCAAAGACUCAAGCCAGACUUCGCGAUUUUACCCAGUGGUAAAAGAAGGACGGACACUGGAUGCCAAGAUGCCUCGAAAAAGGAAGACAAGGCACAGCUCGAACCCACCUUUGGAGAGCCAUGUGGGCUGGGUGAUGGAUUCCCGGGAGCACAGGCCGAGGACGGCAUCUAUUAGUUCCAGCCCCUCAGAAGGGACACCUGCAGUUGGUAGCUAUGGCUGUACCCCUCAGUCACUGCCCAAGUUCCAGCAUCCUUCCCAUGAGCUGCUCAAGGAAAAUGGCUUCACACAACAUGUCUACCAUAAGUAUCGUAGGCGCUGCCUUAACGAACGAAAGCGCUUGGGCAUUGGCCAGUCUCAGGAGAUGAACACACUCUUCCGCUUCUGGUCCUUCUUCCUCCGAGAUCACUUCAACAAAAAGAUGUACGAGGAGUUCAAACAGCUGGCUCUGGAGGAUGCCAAAGAAGGCUACAGAUAUGGUUUGGAGUGCCUUUUUCGAUACUACAGUUAUGGCCUAGAAAAAAAGUUUCGGUUGGACAUAUUCAAGGACUUUCAGGAGGAAACCGUGAAGGACUAUGAAGCUGGCCAGCUCUAUGGACUGGAGAAGUUCUGGGCUUUCCUAAAAUAUUCCAAAGCCAAAAAUUUGGACAUUGACCCCAAACUGCAAGAAUACCUCGGCAAAUUCAGACGGCUAGAAGACUUCCGAGUGGAUCCUCCUAUGGGUGAAGAGGGCAACCACAAGCGACACCCCGUGGUAGCAGGUGGCGGCGGCGGCGGCGGUGAGAGCAGGAAGCGGUGCCCCUCGCAGUCUUCCAGCAGGCCUGCAUCUAUGAUCAGCCAACCCCUUCUACCACCUACUGGCCAGCCUGUCCGGGAAGAUGCCAAAUGGACAAGCCAGCACUCGGACACUCAGACUUUGGGAAAGUGAAAAGCCCCUAGCCCUGGGGUUUUGGGGGGAGACGGGGUGGGGUGGGCGAAGGUCCGUGGGGGUGCCCAGUCCCAGGAGAGGGGACAGAGAAGGGACAGGCCUGGAGUUAUUUGGAUGGGCCUUUAUGCUGAGUAGCGGUGUAUCCACCAUUCUGGCUCUUAGAGGUACCCCUGGGCAGGAGCCUCCACACACCCCUUCAUUCCCUCCUCUCUCCAUGACCUUUCCAUCUGAGCUUCUUCUAAGGGGGGAGGGAAAGGGGGGAGAUUUUUUAUAUAUAUAUACAUAUAUAUAUAUAUAUCAAGUUUUAAAUUAUUGAUAGUUUGUCUGGAUUACCAAAAUCACUUUUCAGCCCUGCCCAUGGCUGAGAGGCCGCAACCCUGGUCCCCACUCACAGCUUCCUCUUGCUCCCCCUCAAGCCAACUAUGCAGCCCACCAGAAGGCCCAUGGGGCCUCGUCACCCAGUACUGUCCCACGGAAGGCUCUGAAGUGCCCCUGCGCCCCAGAAGCACCGGCCCCACGAUCAUCAGGGGCUUGCCAUCAUCCUGUUCUCUCCCUCUUGUCCCCACUCUACGCCCUUCUGCCACCUUCUGGGGAAGAAGGAAACCAAAGGAUCUAAAAGUGGGGGCUGGGAAGGUCUCAGCCUCCCCCCCUCCCCCUGCUCCCUUUACUCCCCAGCCCAGAGAGACGCUGCUCAUACCAGAAAAGACUAUUGAAAGAUGAUUUAUUUUAUUUUUCUCUGACCUUUUCCAUUUUUGAGAAAAAUGGGGAAAAAAAAAAUCGACCAUUUAAAAAAAAAAAAAGAAAAGAAAAAAAAAACACAAAAAAGUCAGAAAACAGCCCCCACCUAAUCCAUAGAAAGUGAUGUCUUGCCCCCUCUCCUUGGAAUUUGUUUUGUUUUGUUUUCGUUCUUGGAAAUAAUAUUUUUUUAAACGUUGCCUUAUUGUGGAGCGGGAAUCUGAAAUAAAACCCAAAUGCCUGCUUUCCUCGGUGGAGUCGACCCCGAAGAGCUCCCACCUUCUCUGGAUGUGCCUGGGCUUGGACUGGCUAGAAUCUUUCUCUGGACUGAGUUGCAUGUACAGCGCCUCCCACCCGGAGGCAAGAGAGUUGGGGUGGUUCGUAGCCGAGCCAUCUCCCCCUCCCCCCAUCCCCCCGCCGUUGCAUCGUUUGAAGCUGACGUCCCCUGUCUGUACACUGCUGCCACUGUCGAGUCCUCGCGCUGCUUGCUGUCGCCUCGCGCCAGGCCUGUCCUGCCGUGACCCUCUUCAUCUUACCCUGGGGAAACCCCCCCCCCCCCCCAAGGCCAAGUUCACUUCAAACUGUCGGAAAGAAAGAGUUGGCCUGGAUCUGGAACACACUUGAGCGUAACCCCCUUUCCCCCCCCCCAGCCCGAAGGGGGCAGGUGAACCCUGCAGCCAUGGCUUGGAUCUGUUUCUCAGCAUUGCCCCCAAGAAGAUCGGAGACCUCAAGGAAGCCUUGUCUCAUUCAAAGUGGAGAGAGAGAGGUGCCAUUCUCCUCCAAGGGCCUCGUGGGGUCUUCCCAUGUUGCAUCUUGCCCUGCCUCCCUCUGCGAGCCAUCUCUGCCCACCCUCUAAAAGCCCAUGUGGGAGUGAGACCACGGCCUGGGAAGAAAGGCCGAGGAGGAGCUGGGGAGACCCUGCCCAUUGGCGAAGCCCCAUGGCAGGAAGGUAUAUGUGGACAUAGAGUAUACCUGCCUUCUCUUCUCCAGUCACUGACUGCCUCUGCCAGGCUGCAAAUGACAAUGGAAUGGCUGGAGUCCACUUGUCAUCCGAAGCCAGGAAGGGUGAUCAAGGACUGACCCACACCGCUGGGGUGGUUGUGUCAAGUUAUGGGCCUGACUUUGGUGCUCCACCUGCGUGGGACCUGGGCACCAGUGAAACGUCGGUGUUCUUGUUGCUUGGUUACCUGGAACCUCUGUGGCCCACCUCGUCACCAGGUUCCUCUGUUGGCCCACAGGUUGGGAGUUAGGAGAAAGGUUACAGUGUCCCAGGCUGCCAAGGGCUUCCCCUCUGCUAGGGAGUCCUUCAUUGCUUAACCUGUGCCCUUCCCAUGUUCAGUAUGGGAGUGCGUGCAGUCAGGCUCUGCUGGGACCUGAGGCCUUUCCCUGACUGGUCUGGUGCCUGCCCCAUGCCGUACCAGACACUGGACUCCUGAACCCCAGUUUCCUCCCUUUGGUUUUCCCUUUCUUUCCUUUGGCCAAUCAGCCCCAGUCUGUAUCCAGCACCACUGAAACCUCAGGUUCGGCCUUUGUGUGGAUCUGGGUCAAGGGUCAAGGUGAGGGGGAAGGCUCUUCCCCCAUGCCCAGCCUGCCAUCCUCUCCCUGAGCCUUUCAGAUGCCCCUGGCGGAGGAGGACCGUAGCUGUGGGCAGGUGGGAUUUCAUCUCAACAUAGGCUGAGGAGAGGGGGUGGGGAGCUUUUCUUUUUCCUUUUUUUUUUUUCUUUUUUCUUCCCCCUCCCCCCCCCCAUUUUUUUUUUUUUUUUUUGUAACAUGUUAGGAGUUAAUGUUGCAAAGAGUAGUUUACAUCUUCACUUUCUGAAGACACUUGAAUUUAGGACCGAUGUAUCUGUGACAAGCAUGCCCGGAGUGGCAGGGCCUUGAGGCCGGCCACUUCCCAUUCACCAUCUUCCCACAGGGAUCGAAGAACUGAGACCCAAGGCAACACCCUGCCCAGACCCCCUCUAUUCAUCCCCUACUUUUCCAGAGUUGGUCCUUACAGAACGACCUUUGGACAGCCAACAGAAGGUCCAUGUGCCUCUGCCCUGGCAAAGGGCAGAUAUCUGGAAUGCCCUCCUGAACCUGGGAGCAAAUGCACUACGAGAAGAGAAGGCUGUGUCCCACCCUGCUCCAGCCCAGGCCCCUAGGGCUCUGGUGGAGGUGCUGAGCCCCAUGUCGAAGUUGUUCAACGUUUUUCGUUUUGUUCCAUUGUAGCUCUUUUUUCCCCCCUUUUCUGAUGACUGAUUUACAAAAAAAAGAAAGCAAGCUGCUCAGAAAGGCCCUGGAAGUGGGGAAGGAGGGUGAGAGGUUGCCAAAAGUCUGGGUAGAGUUAGUCUGGAUCAUCUGGGACUCUUGAAUAGGAACCCCAAAGUACUUGUGUGGAAGGGUCCCUGAUUUCUCCCUCAGACCCCCAUCCUCUCCUCCUUUGGCCAUGUUGAUGGUGGAGAAGAUAAGAACUUUCAGCCCAUUUCUCACUGGAGAGGAAAACUCAUCUGGCUUUGCAGAGAAAGGUUCCCCCUUACGCUCAUAGUACAUUAUCUACCAUGUGCUUUAGGAUAUCACAUUUAAAAGGACAAAAAAAAAAUGUAAAAUACUUGAAUGAGCUUGUAUUAUAACAUUAAUAUUAUUGAGAGUAUCUGCUUCCCAGGCUGAAGUGAUUUCAUUCAUUAUUCUAGUCCUGCUUUAGUCCUUUGUAAUUUGUGGUAAUUAUGCUUUUCUUUUUAAUACAAAAAAAAUGUAUAAAAAUAAAAACUUGAAAAGGCAAA